AGGCUUUAGGACAUCAUUCAUUAAGGCUUAAGCGGCCUUUAAUGUUGUCGCACCGUGGGUGGGGAAUGGUAAGCGAGUCCUGCAUCUGUUCAUCGCCCCAAAGAUCAUGAUAUAUAGCUAGACGUGAGAACAAUUCAAACCCACCAUUAAUUUUCUGGAGAUCGAGAGAGAGGAAAAAAGAGAUCAUGUGGGAAUCGGUCUGCCUGACGUUGGCAGCCACCGCCGGCAAUAACAUCGGCAAAGUUCUUCAGAAGAAAGGCACCGUCAUUCUCCCUCCACUCUCUUUCAAGUUAAAGGUAAUACGAGCCUAUGCUUUCAAUAAAGCUUGGAUAAUAGGUUUUUUAAUGGAUAUAUUUGGUGCCUUGUUGAUGUUGAGGGCAUUAUCACAAGCUCCUGUAUCUAUCAUCCAGCCAGUUUCUGGCUGUGGACUUGCUAUUUUGUCUAUCUUCUCCCAUUUUUAUCUAAAGGAAACCAUGAAUGUCAUUGACUGGAUAGGGAUUGCUAUGGCGGGUAUUGGCACCAUAGGAGUUGGUGCUGGAGGGGAGGAGCAAAAGGCUUCCUCUAUAUCCAUUUUCCAAUUACCUUGGCUGGCAUUUGUUGUUGUCAUCUUGUUUGUACUCCUUAAUGGAUGGCUGCGUAUCUACAAACGCCAAAGAAGGGAACAGGAGAUGAUGCAAUCUGAAGUUGUUGAGGAAAUCAUAUAUGGGUUGGAAUCUGGCAUCUUGUUUGGGAUGGCAUCGGUAAUAUCGAAGAUGGGAUUUGUAUUCUUGGAGCAAGGUUUCUCCAAGAUGCUGGUUCCUAUAUGCAUUUCAAUUAGUAUAUGCUGUAGUGGUACAGGAUUUGUGUACCAGACACGAGGUUUAAAGCAUGGGAGGGCUAUUGUAGUAUCCACAUGUGCUGCUGUGGCAUCAAUCGUGACUGGUGUACUUGCAGGCAUGCUUGCUCUAGGCGAACGUUUGCCUACUGCCCCAGCUGCUCGUCUUUCCCUUUUGCUUGGAUGGCUACUUAUCAUGAUUGGGGUGAUCCUCCUAGUAAGUUCAACGCGUGUAGUGCGCAGCCUUCCAUGGCCGUUAAGGCGUUUUGUACGAAAUCGGGCCGAUAGGAGUUUAAGCCUGAGGCGCUCUGGGUCUCUUCGUGUUAGGGAUUCAAAUCCAAGUGCUGUUAUCCAGGCAUCGACAUUGCAUCACUUGAUAACUUCUCCUGCUAAAGAGAAGGCUUGAAUUGAAAUUUUUUAAAAAUAAUGGUGCUGCAGUUCACAUAUAUUGAAAUUUUGUUGACAUGGAGGAGCAAUUAAGUGGGCGUUCUGAGCUGGAGUGUACAGUAGGUUUAUUCCAUUCCUUCCAUUAUGACAUCUUUUUUACUCCUUUACAUAUUUGAAAUCAUUUGAACUCAACAUUGAAGAGGAUAAUCUUGGUUAGUUUUGAAUUUGAAUCAUAUCGAUUUUUUCAUGAUGUAUUUUGUUAUGAUUCCCAAGUUCUUGCUCAUAAUGAUGCAGCAAAACAGGCUUGCUUUUGUUUGGGGAAACACGUAUUAGUGUUCAAGUU